AUGCAUCCUGAACUAUCUGCUCCCUCUCCGCAGCGAACCCCCUUCAAGGGCGCUGCACCUCUUCGACCCGUUCGCCUCGGGCGCUGGUCCGUUCCCCUCCUCGCAACCAUCGCAAUCGCUACAUCUCCAAAACCCACGACACGUCUCAAGUCGCCGAAGCCGAGCGCCUCCGGAAGAACCAGCAGCUCAUGGAUGCGUACGGGUACAAGGAUAACGUGGACGAUCUUCAAAAAGCGCUGGAAGCUUAUGAGGUUCAAUGAGUGA